GUGUUUCCGGCGCGUUGCAUUGUGGGGCUGUGAGGAUACGGCGGCAUGGGAAAGCAGUGGAGGGAACUGGGAUGAGGACGUGUCUGCGCAUGCACAUCACGCCUUUAGCCCGCCCUCCUGAGCCCCGUCCGGAUGAGUUAUCGGUGCGGAGGGAUGUUGAUCUGGGUGGUAGCGUUUAGCGUUCUACGGCUGUCACAGCAGCACAGGCGGCUCUGCUCCAGGUGUGCGGCCUUGUGAGAGGGAAAUGUAUCUGUUGGUACAGCACCACAUCCUGCCUCGUCUCAGCUUGGAAACCUCGAGGGCUGUCACAGAGUGCGUUUGUGCUCCUGAUCUGCUCGCAUGAAUCAACAGAAAUGACUAACCGAGAAGAAGCUGAGAUACAAAUUUCAGAAUUGGAUUUACUCUCUAGCAUGUUUCCUUAUGAGGAAGAGUUCGUUCUGACUGACCAGCUGGCUGUAGCAGAGCUAAAACACUAUGUUGAAAAUGAGUCUGCAGAGAUGCCAUCUUCGAAAGUUCAGUUUAUACUCAAUGUAAAGCCAGAGAUCUGUAAUGCUUCUAUGGUGGAAUUCUCUAUGGCCUGUGCUUUACCGUUUAAAUAUCCAGCUGUUCUACCAGAAAUUACUGUGAGGUCGUCGUUAUUGAGCCGCUCUCAGCAGCUUCACCUGAACUCAGAUCUAAAAACAUAUUUGAUGCAAAACUGCAGUGGUGAACCCUGUAUGUUGAGUGCAAGGGAAUGGGUUAAAGACCAUGCAGCUGCUUACAUUGACAAAGAGCUUUCAUCUUCUUCAGUGACAGCAUCGAAUGCUACACAGCCAGAAGUCAUCAUGUUCACUCGACUGUGGAUCUAUAGUCAUCACAUUUACAAUAAGCAAAAAAGAAAGAAUAUUAUUGAUUGGGCCAAGGAGCUCUCUCUGUCAGGGUUUUGCAUGCCAGGGAAACCAGGUGUUGUUUGUGUAGAAGGUCUUCAAAGUAAUUGUGAAGAGUUCUGGUCAAGAGUGAGAAGAUUAACAUGGAAAAGAAUUCUCAUUCGGCACAGAGAAGAUGUUUCUUUGGAAGGUGGAGGACAUGCUGAGAUUCAGAAACAAAGAAAGUUCUCCACUUUGGAAGAAAAAUGUUUUGAUGCACAUGGUGCCAGAGGGAAUCAUAUGGAUUUGGGGCAGCUAUAUCAUUUUUUAGAAGAAAAAGGAUGUGCUGACAUCUUUCAAAUGUACUUUGGGGUUGAAGGGCAUUGAAGGGGUUGACAAUCACCACUGGUCCAAGUGUCUACGUUUGUAAGUUAAUUUUCAUAACAGAUUCCUUAGCUGUUCUGCAGGAGUUUAUCAGAGGGGGAAUUAAUAAUUUGUGGUUUUAUAUGAUGAAUCCAGUUUUCAAUGAAAAAAUAUCCAGUGAGAGGCUGAAUAAUGAAAAUUAAAAUAACUGUUUUAUUACA